AUGAUCAGCGAGGGUGCCGAGGGUCAGACGCUGAAGGAGCUGUACGAUGUGUUCAAGUUCCCCACCGAUCGGGACCUAGUUCGAAAAGCGUUCGACAUGUCACUGAAGCGACUUAGUGGACCGAACCCGACCAACGAGCCGCAGUUCAAGACCUGGUUCUACAUCUACAAGAACAACAGCGUUCUGCAGGCGUACAAGGAUGUGCUGGCGCAAAGCUACGGGGUGGAGGUGCGCGAUAUCGAGCGGAACGAUUACAACUUCGACGAGCCGAAAACCUCGCUCGGAUCGAUCGUAGACGAGGAGGAAGAAAUCAUCGAGGAGAGCAAUGGGGACGAGCUCGCCAUCACCGAGCAGGCGCCCGCCAACAACAGCAACAGCAAGGACAUCGUGGACUUCGAGGUGCUCAAGAUCAAAUCGGCCCUGCCGGUGGAGGAUGAGCUGCGGACGGACACGGGCAUCAGCACCAAGUACGACGAGGUGGACGACGACAAUCCCAAGUUUGACAAGAACAUUGACGAUAAGGAGUAUGUCGAUCCGACGAAGAUUAAGGAGGAGCUGGCAAAGAAGAAGCUCGAGGCGAUGAAUGAGGUCGUGGCUGAUACGGAGCUGAGCGGGUCGAAGGUGAAGCUGGCGGCGGAUGUGGACGUUACCAAGACGCAACCGGAAAAGAUUUCGCUGCCGCUGAAAAAGCUUGGUCUGGACGAUGAGCAGGAAGUUCUGCAGGCGGUCGAAAGCCAGGGUUCCAGGAGAAAGUUCAAUGUGCGCAGAUCAUUCCGGACGGGAGACAUCGCUUCAGCGCUCAGCGGAAAUUCUCUGGUUGGCCGAAAGGCUAACGCGAAGGCCGACGAUACCGAGGUCAAUGAGUCAAAGAUGCUGCUCUUUAACGGCCUUUACUACAGAGGAAGCUGGGAGACUCCGUUCCAGCAACUGCGAACUGAGAAGAGUACAUUCUUCACGAAUACGGACGAGAAGCCGGUCAUGAUGAUGCGAUCGCGAGGAAACUUCGGUGUCGGAAAGGAUGACCAGCUCGAUGCCAAGUUCAUUGAACUUCCUUACAAUAACUCUCGCUAUUCCCUCCUGCUCAUGGUGCCAAAUACCAAGGAUGGCUUGAAGGAGCUUAUCAAGAACUUUAACCCAGACACGCUGAGUACGGUGCAAAAAUCUUUAGUUCAGAUGCCAGUGCAGAUCAGCAUUCCCAAGUUCCGCAUCGAUACGACGAGCCGCGCGGAAAAAUCACUGGCAAAGCUUGGCUUGAUCACGAUGUUCACGUCGAAGGCUGAUCUGAGCGGAAUUACCCGCGAGCAAAAGAUCCACGUUGACGAGUUGGUGCAGCACGUGUCGAUCCGUGUCGACGAAGGUUCCAGCAGCGAGAACGCGCUCUCCGCCACGAACACCAUCGAGGCCAAAACGAUCGACGACGACCAGGAGCUGUUCAUCGCCGAUAAGCCAUUCCUGUUCUUCGUGCGUGACAUCGUGGACGACAUCGUGAUUGUGGCCGGCAAGAUCACGGACAUACCGUACGCGGAGUAG